CGUGAACGCCACAUGACACUGGCAGCUAGCCUAGCCGGCUAACUUUGCUAAUCUGAAUUAUCGUCUCGGUUAAGCACACGUAAAGCUAGCAAGGAUUACCAAAUUUAGUUUUCCCACAUCUAGCAAUUUCUAUCUGACACUCAGCAAAAAAGUUAUUUGAAGAAUGGCGUCGCUUGGAGAACCUGUGCGAUUGGAAAGAGAUAUUAACCGUGCUGUUGAACUGCUUGAUAAGCUCCAGAGGACGGGGGAAGUGCCACCCCAGAAGCUACAGGCGCUGCAAAGAGUCUUACAGAGUGAAUUCUGUAAUGCUGUCAGAGAGGUUUAUGAACAUGUGUAUGAAACUGUGGACAUCAACAGCAGUCCUGAGGUCAGGGCCAACGCCACAGCUAAGGCAACUGUGGCAGCUUUUGCAGCCAGUGAGGGACAUUCACAUCCUCGUGUCGUGGAACUGCCUAAGACGGAAGAAGGCCUGGGUUUCAAUAUAAUGGGUGGAAAGGAGCAGAACUCACCCAUUUAUAUCUCACGGAUCAUCCCAGGAGGCAUCGCUGACCGACAUGGAGGCCUGAAGAGAGGCGACCAGCUCCUCUCUGUCAAUGGGGUGAGUGUGGAAGGUGAGCACCACGAGAAAGCAGUGGAACUCCUCAAAGCCGCUCAGGGCACGGUGAAGCUGGUUGUAAGGUACACCCCAAAAGUCCUAGAGGAAAUGGAGUCACGCUUUGAGAAAAUGAGGUCGGCAAAGCGCCGGCAACAGAACAACUAUCCCCAGUAGGAUUUUUCUGUGAUGAUACCCAGCUCCCAUGUCUCUCCUCUUCCUAGCCUUUUGGCUGUUUGUUCUGGUCCCUUUCUUAUCUCCCUUCCUGAACAAAACCAUAACAAACAUGCCCAUUGUUCCUUCUCCCACAUGCUGUUCAUUGUGCUUCUACCCCUCUCUGUAGCAUUAAAAGUUUAUGUUAGACUUGACACUACAACUCUAGACCAACACUAAAAUGAUCAUGAUUGUCAACGUAGGUGGUCGCUCACAUGUGUGCAUUAUUUUUCAAGUGACAGUUUGAAUGCAACUUUGAAUGCUUUUGAGACCAACUACACAAUUCCUUCGACUGGAAAGGCAGUGAUUUAAAUUGUUUCAGCACAGCCACUACUAAGUGCCUCAGGGCAGACCCGUUUAUCUCAUGUACUGUUUUCACCUCUCAUUUAUUUCUUUUUAAUGGUUCAAAGUCGAUUGCUGGUAAUUAAAUGUUUUUUAUGGCAAGAUAAACUUCAUACUUUUGUUAUUUUCAAAUAUUAUUUGAUUAGAUAUUUAUACACAUAAACUACUCUUAAAACCCUUUAAUUAUGCAUAUUGAUUUGAUUACCACUCUACAGGCAGCUCUUAAUGAGGAACUUUGAGGAGUGGAUGACAGUUUGGAUCAGUCAGAAAAGAUAGUUAUAUGUUUGAUAAUGCAGGAAAGAAGUGGCAGGAAACGGAGAAACAACCGUGCUAGAUUAUCUUCAAGAUUCUCUCUGGGCUUCCUCUUUUAGUUCUCUAAAGUCAAACCACACGAUAAAAAGCUCAGCGGGUACUGUAAGUGACGUAAUGGGGUCUCAGCAACUUUUGAGCUGAACGCCUGCCAUCACAGAGACUUGCAGUUUUACUUUUAUCAAAGUAAUUAACACUCACAAGCAUAAAUCAUGCUGUCAACAUAACACGGGACGUUUUCAGCUUUUGAUGAAUUUAUCUUGACAUACAUCAGGAACGUAUACUUCCUCUUUAUUUUGCCAGCUGCAGUACUGACUAGAAGUCAGUCGACUAGAAAUGUGUCUUUGAUCUGAAGUUGAAACGGCUUGUUAACACUGUUUGUGUCAUCCUGUGGAAGUGGAAAAAUGAGGAGAAAUCAGACAUUUGUGUAUCAAGCAAUCUGAAAGCAGUCAUCUUAAUAUGAGCUUUCAUUGUUUUCACAUGAUUGAGAUCACAGACACUGUACAUGGUUACCUCAUAAACAUCAAGUUUUUAAAGAGUUUAGAAGAUUAUGGUGUCAAUCUGCUGCAUCGGCACAUUAGUCAUUUGAUCUCUAUAAAUCGUUCAGAACAAGCAGAAUAACAGGUUUAGAGAAUGUCCUUAGAUGAUGCUUAUACUCAUGACAAACAAUAUUACAAUAGAUACAUUUAAAAAAAAAAAUGUACUACAGCAAUAGGUUUAAUUGUUUUCUGUACAGUCAGCACAUAUUUAUUUCCAUACUGAGACAUUUUUGUAUUUUUCUUCAUUAUCACUAAAAUUCUUUCUCUGAAACCAUCAGUUUAGUGGCACCAAUCUACUCUAUAUUUAAAUACAAACUGCACAUCGUGUAAAAGGAAUAACAAUGGUGAACAUCUUAUUACUGAAUACUGCCAAUCAGUCAAGUCGUUCUGAUUCUUUCUUUAGCAGGCUCGUGCAGGUAAUGUGUCGAUAACUCACAAGAGCCUGUUUUUGUAGACUUCCUCUCACUUUUUGAAAUGCAACACAAAGUGUUGAAAUCCUCGAAUGUUGUGGAUGUAAAUGCUUUUAAAACAACAACACACGCCUGCAUGCAACAUAUCAAUCAAACAAGAUAACCAGUGAAAAUAUUUUAUUAUUCAAUACUAAACAAAAAGGGAGUACUGUAUGAAAAGAUGUCUCGCUCUUAUCUUUCAAGGGGAGACAACAGAAUAAUCACUUCACUAAUAUAUUUAGAACUUUCUUACCACAUCUAGAUGCAGCGUCAUGUUAUAUAUCAUAAUGUAAACUAGGCUCUACCUGACUAAGCCAUAUUAUUGAGAUAGAGGGGCAGUAAUGAUUGAGGUAGCUGUGUUGAAUCUGUGUGAUAUACACAUUAGACAGAAGCUGGAUCAAGUCGCAGAAACACUUUGCAGUGAAUGAUAAGUCUCUCUUUUUGAUCUGGCACUCUGAGAUCUCUUACAUUUGUCUGUUACAAUCUCUGCAUGCGUCCAUUAUUACCAGUCAGCUGUUUCCUUAGUCAUCAGGGUAACUAUCAAGCUGAACUGAAAUUGCUUUGAAUGGAUGACACUUUUACUUAAAUUAUUAAAAGUAAUGUGAGGAAAAAAGAUCAAACACAAUGAGUACAUAAGCCCCUUAUCUUGUAUCUUAACACUUCUUAAGAAGGCUUGAUUUAGGGACAAAGUAUAAAACAUACAAAAUACACCAAAACCUAAUGCAAAUUGAUUAUCUAUGCAAGCAAUUUCAAAACUUUGAAUGAGUCUUAGAAUGGUACAAAACAGCAGUCAAUUUUCUGCAGAAUGUUACUGAACACGGCCACUUUAAAGGCCGUGUGGACGCGGCUAAUGUAACGUGACUUACUCAACCGCUCGACUGAAACACAUGGGAGUUGCUUUUACAAUGUUUUAUUAUUGGGACAUUCUUUGAACUGAUCACAGUCAGGUAUUUGCAGUGAAAUGUCUUGAUCUAAGCUUUUCUAUUGGAUAGAUGAUUGUCAGGAUGCAUGUAGAAGAGAUGGUUUCUGUGACAGUGUGGUUAGCAAUAGACCAUUACAUAGGCGCUUUUUGUUUUGGGAACAAGCAUUUAGCACAAGAGUAGGGAUGUACAUAAAAGCUGAAAUGUCUUAAAAUAAUAUAUAGUUUGUCACUUGAUUGUUUGAUCCGGCGUUAGCUAGCUAGAUUCACUGCUUAUGAACACGCAUCAUGAAUCAGGAAAAUGUAAUGAGACUUGGUAUUGAUAAUGCACAGUCACGCUCUCCACUGAAUGUCACCGACCAUUGUCUGACUUAGUUUGGAAACUCUGUGAAGUACCCUUCAACUUUCUACUCGUUUUCCUUGUCUAUAUAUUGGGAUGGUCAAUAGAGUAUUUUUUAUAAUACUUUUCUUUUGAUAUUUUUCUCAAUUUUUAUAAGUGAUUUUCCUAAAACAAAUACCAGGAAUGAUUGGUACUUCCAUUUUGACUGUGUACCAAGGCCAUAUCAGAAAAGCCUCUCUGAAGAGCAGCGCAGGUGCAGAAGGAGAUCUCUAUAGAGAGGGGGGGAGAGAGAGAGAGAGAGAGAGAGAGAGAGAGAGAGACCCUCCUGGAUCAGAACUUCUCUUCUGAGGGCUCAACUGAUUCUUUCUUUUCCAAACUAAGACCAAACUUGCAACAUUUGUGAAAUCUUUGAUAAUGUUUUGAAAAUGUUUUAGCCAGUGCUUGUUUAGAACUAUUACCUUUAGAGCGUGUUGUGUUAUUUUGUGUUCUCUGGUUUCUUACCUAAUUAACUAUGUUACAUUGAUGUGGAAUGUAAACUGUUGUGAUGUAGAACAUAUGGAUACUUAGCUUGGAGGCUUAAUAAACAGUGCUUACAUUAACAA